UUAUCAGCAACUUCAUUUGAUAAUCCUGACAGUGCAACUAGCACGUACCUCAAUUAUGGUGUCGCAGUAGGUGAGGUGGAAGUAGAUCUUCUCACAGGAGAAACCACUAUUAUGCAAGCAGAUAUUGUCUAUGAUUGCGUAAAGAGUCUCAACCCUGCUGUAGAUUUGGGACAGAUUGAAGGAGCAUUUGUGCAAGGGUUAGGGUUUUUCAUGUUUGAAGAAUAGGAAAUAAAUCAUGAAGGAUUAGUGUUAGUCGAUGGAACAUGGAAUUACAAAAUCCCCACAUUAGACACCAUAACUAAACAGUUCAAUGUUGAAAUUCUCAACAAUGGACAUCACAUGUAUCACGUUCUGUCUUCCAAAGCUUCCGGUGAGCCACCACUACUUUUAGCAGCUGUGGUGCAUUGCGCAACAAGAGCAGCAAUCAAAGAAGCCAGAAGACAACUUGCUUCAUGGAGCAACUCAGAUGAACUUGACAAACCAUUCCAAUUGUAUGUGCCAGCAACUAUGCCAGUGGUAAAGGAACUCUGUGGAUUGGACAUUGUGGAAAGAUACUUGAAAUGGGAGAUGGGCAAAAUAUGAAGGAGUUUAAUAUCUUGGAAAUAGAUUGAUGUGUUUGUUUCUUGUUUGGAUGCUCAAGAAAUACGUACUAGUUUGUCAAAAUGUUGUGUUUAAUAGUUCUAUCUUCUUAUGAACUAUAUUUUCAAGAUGAUUUCAUUUGUACCAUAGGUCAUAUAGAAGCAUUAUGUGAGAUGCAUUUG